AUGACCGAAGUUGAGCAAUUGCCGCAGACUGCCGAAUUCAAGGACCCCGUCGAGCCUCAGCACAUCUUCAUUGGACGCCGGGAUGCCGUCAUGAAAAACGCCGACAUGCCACAGGAGAUGCAGGACGACGCGAUAGAAUUGGCACAGCAGGCUAUCGACAAGUUUCGAUUGGAAAAGAACGCCAUUCAGGAAAUGGCAGCGUUCAUCAAAGCCGAAUUCGACAAGCGGCACUACCCAUCAUGGCAGGUCGUUGUCGGCAGCAAUUUCGGCUCGUACGUCACGCACGAGACCAACCGCUUCAUCUACUUUUACAUUGCCCAUAUCGCGUUCAUGUUGUACAAAACCGGGAUC